AGAAUGAGCACUGGGAAUUGCUCCUCAACAACUGAAUUCAUUCUUUUGGGCAUUACCAAUAACCCUGUAAUCAAAGCGAUUCUCUUCACUACAUUUCUCAUUGUGUAUCUCAUCAGCCUCGUGGCAAAUCUCAGCAUGAUCACCUUAAUCAGAAUGGACGCCCAGCUGCACACACCUAUGUACAUUUUCCUCAGCCACCUCUCUUUCUCUGACCUCUGCUAUUCCACUGCAGUUGGACCCAAGAUGCUGCUGGACUUACUCAGCAAGAAUAAAUCAAUCCCCUUCGCUGGCUGUGCUCUGCAGUUCCUCAUCUUCUGCAUGUUUACAGAUGCGGAGUGCAUGCUGCUGGCAGUGAUGGCUUUUGACCGGUACAAGGCCAUCAGCAACCCCCUGCUCUAUGCUGUGGACAUGUCCAGCAAGCUGCGCUCCCAGCUCUUGGCUGCAGUUUACCUUGUGGGAAUAACAGAUGCUUUGGUGCACACUUCCCUGACAUUCCGCUUAUGUUUCUGUGGGUCCAAUGAGAUUAACCAUUUCUUCUGCGAUGUGCCUCCUCUUCUGUUAAUAUCUUGCUCUGACACACGGGUCAACGAAUUAGCAAUCUUCAUAAUUUUUGGUUUAAUUGAACUGGGCACCAUCUCAGGAGUCCUCAUCUCUUACUGUUAUAUCAUCUUAUCAGUGAUCAAGAUCCGCUCUGCUGAGGGCAGGUUCAAAGCUUUCUCCACCUGCGCCUCCCACUUAACCGCAGUGGCAAUUUUUCAAGGAACCAUGCUUUUCAUGUAUUUCAGGCCGAGUUCUUCCUACUCCCUAGAUCAGGACAAAAUGACCUCUCUGUUUUACACCCUUGUGAUCCCCAUGCUCAACCCUCUCAUCUAUAGCCUAAGGAACAAGGACGUGAAGCAGGCAAUAGAAAAAUUAAAAAAUAAAAUGUGCUUGUAA